AUGCCCAAGAAUAAAUCUACUGUUCCAACUCUCGACGUCACCCCAGACCAAACCAAAGAAGAAAGCUCGUAUUACGAUGAAAUGUCAACUGAUUACAACCCAAGACAAUUUCUUUCAAUAAAUGAAUUGAAAGAACAACUCAGAGUAAGUGAUUUAUACAAAAAUGCUGAAAAUGUGACAUUUACUCUUCCCGUCUCUACACUUUUUGUUGAGCACUUUUUCGAUUGCAUCUGUGAUGGUUAUAAUUUCAAUAUUUGGAUCUUUCCUGGCAUCACAUUGGGUCUACCAUUUCCGUAUAUAGUCUACGACAAACAGAAUCGUAUCAUAAAAGUGUUCAAUGUAGUUUUAGACAUCCAAAUCACAAAAUUCAUUUGGAGAACAAAAUAUAAUAUCAACAAACGUUUGCUCAUCUGGGACAGAUACGCUGGAAUAACACUUUAUACUUCUUUACAUAACUUGGAAGGCAAUUUGGUGCAAGUCAGAUUGACAGUUAAAAAUGGAGAGACGAUUAAAUUGAGUAAUAUGGGGCUUUUAAAUCCGGAGACUGAAACUCAUGGAAAACUCACGUUUUUUAUUGAAAUAGUCGAGAAGGACAAAUGCGAUUUUAAGAGUGAAAAGGUUUUAUAUGAAGAUCUUGAAAAUGAGAAAAUAAAGCAACUCAAAAAGUGUGCAAAAAGUGUAAGAGCGACAUUUCCAUUUGUGUUGUUACUAACUGGAGGGACUUUCAUGUACAUGAGCAAGUCAAUUACUGUGCAAAGAGGCGGUCCUCUAACGUUUAUUCAAGACAUACAAAUAUUCCAAAGGAAGAAAGCCGUUAUAAUAACAGAAACGCGUCGUUUCUAUCAUGUCACUUUUGCUGCUGAAGGGGCUGAAAAGUUUUAUAUGGAUGGAGGAGUUCUUGUAAGGAAAAUUUGUGUUUAUUGUGAUUUCAAAUAUGAAAAAUGUUGUUUGUACAUUGAUACGUACAAUGAUAAAGGGGUUAUAUUUACUGGUAUUUUGGAUGAAACAAGAACGUUAUAUUCUGGUUUGGGUUUACCAUUACCAAAUGAUCCAUACGGGAAAUGUGGUGAUUUGGGUGUUGAAUUUAAAUUUGUGAAUUCAGAUGUUAGACUACCUGAGUGGGAUAUGAAUAUUUGUGAUCAACUGUGUCAAAAUGAAUACAGAAAACGUCUUUACAACAAACACGAAAAUUUGCUCAGAACAUUUCGAAAAAUACAAACUGAAGCAGAACAACAAGAAAAUAAUGAAGAUAAUUAUGAUGAAAAAAAUGAAGUUAACGAAGAAAAUGUAAAGAAAAAUGAUGAUAAAGAAACUUUAAAUCAAGAAAAAUUAAAAGAAAAAAUUGAAAAUGAAAAAGAAGACGUGAUCGAUGUACAUAAUUCAGAUGAUGAAAAAUCAUCAAAAAGUGAUGAAUUGAUAAAUUACACAAAUGAUGAGGAAAAGAAAAAAGAAGUCACAACAAAAAUUGAAACAACUGAGGAACUUGAGUCAAUUAAUGAAAUUGACAAAAAAGAAAUGGAAAAGGAAAAUACAAAAGUUUACAAUGAACAAAUAAUAGAAAGUGAUGAUCAAAAACAAAACGAAAUUGUAACAGAAAUUGAAACAUUUCAAAAUAUCGAGUCACCCAAUCAUGUUGAAAAUAUAAAAGAAAAAGAAGUUGUUGUACAGAGUGAUGAAUAUCAAAAACAAACAUUUGAAAAGGAAGAACCAAAAGAAGAAACAACUGAAGAACCGCUUUAUGAUAAAAAUGAAAAUAUGAAGUCUACCAAAUUUAGAAGGAAUGAAAACAAAUCGAAGAAAAAAUCAAAAAAAGAAAAGAACAAAAACAACAAGCAAAAAAAGCAAAACAACUUACAAAAACUUACAAAAACCACAACAAGUGUAGCCGAGGAAAUUUCUUCGAUGCCAUGCAAUUCAUUGGAAGAACAGAAACAAAUCGAACGACCAAUUUCGAACAAUAAACGAAAUUGGAUCGUUAUAGUUGGGUGUUUAAUUUUUGUUUUAAUGACGAUAAUUGCAGUAGUAGAUUCUAGUGAUGAUGAAAAGAUUCGAGUCGCUACUUAUUAUUUUAAAUCGAAAAUGAACAAUUUCGUUUCACUCGAACUCAAGAAAAUGGUAUGUAAAAGCUUUGAUUUAAAGAAUAAUAGCUUUGAACAUGAUAGAUUUUGGAUUUAUAUUUUAUCAUUUUAUUAUCAUUUAAGCAUAAAUAUUUUGUAUUACCCAAUUGCGUAUUGGUAUUAUUAUAAAUUCUAUUUUUUAUUAGUUAUAUAUUUUGUUGUAAUAAUAAUUACAACAAAAUAUGAAACGAAAAUUAUUGUUGUGAACCACUUGUUGUACAACAAUUGGUUUGACAUUUGUUUGCUUUUUGCGUGUUUGUUGUUUGGCACAUUAAUCAUUGAUUGUGUUAUCAGUGUAUCUAUGCCUGCAUAUUUUUAA